AUGCUUAGAAGAAAACAAGCAAUAGCCGAAUGGAAAAACAUCCACAACAGCUUUUUAGUGUACGACGAGAAACUCACAGAUCAGGUCAAGGAAUAUAUCCCGGUCCCGGGGCAGGGGAACACUGGAAGAACAACAAUCCGUCACGUGAAACGGACGAGAUGGGUAACAAAAAUAGCAUCACCGGGUGACUGGCACGAACAGAGGCAGCAUUAG